UGGGAGAGUGUGGGAAUGGGGCUGGGCACUCGUUGUCUCUGUGGGCAGAUUCCUGCCACGUCCAGCCUCUGCCACUGCGGGGACAUCCAGCCUCUGCCACUGCGGGGGACGUCCAGCCUCUGCCACUGCGGGGACAUCCAGCCUCUGCCACUGCGGGGGACAUCCAGCCUCUGCCACUGCGGGGCCUUGAAGAGGUCCUUCGAGGUCGAGGAGGCCGAGCCACCCAACUCCACCCCGCCCCGGCGGGUCCAGACGCCCCUGCUCCGGGCCACUGUGGCCAGCUCCACCCAGAAGUUCCAGGACCUGGGUGUGAAGAACUCAGAGCCCUCCGCCCGCCAUGUAGACCCCCUGGGCCAGCGCUCGCCCAAGCCUGCCCUGCGGAGGGUGGAGCUCGCGGGGUCCAAGGUGCCUGAACCCGUGUCCCGCCGCACGGAGCUCUCCAUCGACAUCUCGUCCAAGCAGGUGGAGAGCGCGGCCACCCCUGGGCCGGCCCGGUUCGGGCUCAAGAGGGCCGAGGCGCUGGGCCACAAGACCCCAGACCCGACCCCUCGGAGGACGGAGGUCACCAUCGUCAAGCCCCCGGAGCCAGCCCACCGCAGGAUGGAGGCCCCUGCCUCCAAGACCCCCGAGGUGCCUGCCAGCCCUGCCGUCGACACAGCCCCCAAGAGGGUGGAGAUCCAGGUGCCCAAGCCGGCCGAGGCGCCCGCCUGUCCCCUCCCACCCCAGACCCUGGAGAAUUCAGAGCCUGCCCUGACGUCCCAGCUGCAGAGCAGGCUGGAGCCCAAGCCCCCGCUGGCCGAGGCCCUGCCCAGGAGCCCCGAGGUCCCCGAGGCAGCUCCCGGCAGCGCUGGCAACAUGGCCGACUCCUCCAGGGAUGCCGCCCUCAAGCAGGCCGCGGCCACGCGGAACGAGAAGGCCCCCGUGGAGUUCGGCUACGUGGGCAUCGACUCCAUCCUGGAGCAGAUGCGGAGGAAGGCCAUGAAGCAGGGCUUCGAGUUCAACAUCAUGGUGGUGGGGCAGAGCGGCCUGGGGAAGUCCACCUUAAUCAACACCCUCUUCAAGUCCAAGAUCAGCCGGAAGUCGGUGCAGCCCCCCUCGGAGGAGCUGCAGGAGGAGGUCAACAUCAACCGGAAGAAGCGCAUCCCGGACACGCGCGUCCACUGCUGCCUCUACUUCAUCCCUGCCACGGGCCACUCCCUCAGGCCCCUGGACAUCGAGUUCAUGAAGCGCCUAAGUAAGGUGGUCAACAUCGUCCCCGUCAUUGCCAAGGCUGACACACUGACCCUGGAGGAGAGGGUCUACUUCAAACAGCGGAUCACCGCAGACCUGCUGUCCAACGGCAUCGACGUGUACCCCCAGAAGGAGUUUGACGAGGACUCGGAGGACAGGCUGGUGAACGAGAAGUUCCGGGAGAUGAUCCCGUUUGCCGUGGUGGGCAGUGACCAGGAGUACCAAGUCAAUGGCAAGCGGAUCCUCGGGAGGAAGACCAAGUGGGGCACCAUCGAAGUCGAGAACACCACGCACUGUGAGUUUGCCUACCUGCGGGACCUGCUCAUCAGGACGCACAUGCAGAACAUCAAGGACAUCACCAGCAGCAUCCACUUCGAAGCCUACCGCGUGAAGCGCCUCAGCGAGGGCAGCAGCACCCUGGCCAACGGGCUGGAGAAGGAGCCAGACGCUGAGGAGAUGUAGACGCCCCCGGGACCCACCCGAGUCCCCCACGCCCCAGGCCCGCCCACUCACCCGUCUUAUUUCAUAUCAUUCUCUCCAUUUGUCACCCGCCCCUUUUACACACUGCCGGGUCACCCCAUGUGCUCUGCACCAGCCUGAGGUCUCCGGGCACAUGGCUGGACCUCGGUCUGGUCCUGGGCCCGGGCCAGCCUCUGGCCUUCCUGAGGGCUGGGAGGGCUGGGCGGUGGGUGAAGGGAGGGCCCGCUGGAUCCAACCCCCCACCCAGGUCCAGCUCCCGGGGGCCAGGAGAGCCACUGUCUGCCCCCUGCGCAGAGCCUGCAGACCUGGGGGGGUCUGUGCUUGGGCCAGGUCCAGGGUGCAGGGAUGACCACUGAGCCAUACUCUGUCCCAGUGGCCACGUCCCCUGGCCCCUGUCGGAGGCUGUACCCAGGGGAGGACAGAGCCAGCAGGUGGACCUGGAGCCCCUCCUGCCCCCUACAUGUCAUGGGACGUGACUCCGCACCCCACCUGCCCCUGCUCCCGAGGGGAGACUAGAGUUCCACAGCCCAGCUUGCCCACUGCUUAGAGGUGGCAAGUCCCCGGCUGCCCCUGCCCGCCCAUGAGCCCGGAGCAGAAAGUGCCUUAUCUCAGCGUCCCUGUGUGUCCCCUCAGGCCAGACAGGCUGCAGGCAGGAGGCCUGUGGUGUCCCCUCUCCUCCCUUUGCCUGUGGGUGCUGCAGUGCGAUCUGGUGAGGAUUAAAGGACGGAGGUACCUCCACCCUGAAUUUUGGGCAUGUCCCGCACUCUGGUGGAGGGGUGAGGGGCGAAGCGGGGGGCCACCCUGCGGGCGCAGGAGGUGCAUUUGCACCUGUGGAGUUCGGCUUGGCCCAGACACUCCGGCUACACUCAUGCCCCUCCUCCACCUUCACCAGCUUUGCUCCUGCUCAGCCCUCACUGCCCCAGAGACCUGGGUACACGGGGGGGCCACAGAGCCUGGCUGCUGGUUGUCCUCCACGUUCCUGGGCCUCUGUACCCUAGAGUCCAUUUUAAAGUCCCCAGAGAGGGAGAGACAAGGGGUCAGAGAUACACAGAAUACACCUAGGCUGCAGAGAAAGGCUUAACCGUGACACAGCCUGGUCCCCGAGAGGGGACUGGUAGGGACCAUGCACAGCUGACCUUCUGCCUCCCAUUCCAGGAGAAGACAAACCCUCUGCCCCACAGUUUACAUGCCAACUACCGACUUGCCAAGUUUUUGCCAAAACCAAGACUUUGAAAGUGUGCAGCCCAGGGUCCAGGACGCAUGGCCCCGCCCUCCCCAGCCCCCAUGUCGCCUGGGGGGUUAGCAGAAUCCCGGGCUCCGGAAGGCUUUGCUUCCUUUCUCUGUAACCAGAUUUUGAACCGUUUUGCUGGGCUGUGUUCCGUAAUGGCCUUUAGCUCUGUGCCUCCUGAGAAUUUCGUCUCUUUUUGUAUAAAUAACAAAAGUGUUGAAAUGUAUUUCCUGAAAUAAAUGUUUCAAAUGCAAACUCAGA